AUAUAAUGAUUAACAAGCAUUGCUAGUUUGCUAAAGAUCCAAGCUUUUGUCGUCCCUCCAAUGGCCAGAUCCACAGCUCAAUCUCCUCCUUUCCUUAUUUCCAGGGAAAUAUAUUGAGAGAGAGAGAGAGAGAGAGAGACAGAGAGAGGGACAACAGCAAAGACAAGAAAGAAGAAAGAGGAAAAAGCUUGUCUCUUUGAUAGGUGCAAUCUUAUAAUGCUUCUCUGAAGGCACCUCUUGAGAGUGUUUCCUCCUUUGAAAAAGCUCGGAUCUUUAUGAUCCAGUUUCCGUGAAGAAAGGUGGGAGCAUUUAUUGUGCUUGAUUUGCUCACUAGGGUUCUUGUGUUUGUUUGUUUCAUCAUUUUGGUGCUCUGUGAGUUCUGUGAAAAUCUCAAUCCUCAGUGCUAUUCCAACAUUGGAUUGGAAUGGGGCUUCAUAACUCUUCCUUUUGGAAAAAGCUCCUUCCUUUCCUCUUUCCCUGCUGUCUGUGACAUGGAUGGCCCCAUCCCCGGCAAUAAAUGCAUUCCUUGGAUCCUUAUCAUUUUGAUUUUGUGCAUUUGAUAUCCAAAAUCAAGGUUUGAGCUUUCUUUGAGAUUGGUUUUAGAGUAGACUUUAUGGGAAUGAAAGUGCAUCUCCCCCGGGGGUUCUCCAAUGGCAGCCGGAUCUCUGGCCAAGGCUGCCCAUUUUAUCAGAAUUACACAAAGGGUUCACUUGAAAAUGGAUUUGGAGCUCCCCGGACUCCUCUUGGUAUAACUCAUUUCUUUCCUAAGCUUGGUGUACUCCUUAUUGUGGUGCUUGCUUUAUCAGGUUCUCUCUACUGGGCUGCUUCUAUAUCUGCUACAUCUGGUGGCAAUGUGUUUCGAGGUUAUCGGCGGCUGCAAGAGAACCUUGUUGCCGAACUCUCAGUGAUCAGUGAUAUGUCACUUGGAGGUACUAAAUUGAGAGAGCUUGAAUUCUGCUCACCUGAGUAUGAAGACUAUGUUCCUUGUUACUGCAAUGUCUCAGAGAAGUCAGAUGUAGUAGAUCCAGAUAGACUAGUUCAGUAUGAUCGAACAUGUAUUCAGGGACCGAAUAGGGAUCACAAUUGUUUAGUUUUGCCUCCAAGGAAUUAUAGGAUUCCACUGAGGUGGCCAACUGGGAGAGACUUCAUCUGGAAGGAGAAUGUGAAGAUCACAGGGCAUGAGUUCUCCUCUGGGAGCUUGAUGAAGAGGAUGAUGGUGGAAGAAGAGCAAAUCUCAUUCCGUUCGGAUUCUCUUAUGGUUGAUGGAGUAGAAGACUAUGCACAUCAAAUUGCAGAAAUGAUAGGGUUAAUGAAUGAAUCAAAUUUCAAUGAGGCUGGAGUCAGAACAGUGUUAGACAUAGGAUGUGGAUUUGGUAGCUUUGGAGCAUACCUCUUCACAAAACAAGUGCUGACUCUGUGCAUCGCUAACUAUGAGUCCUCUGGUAGUCAAGUUCAAAUUACACUAGAAAGAGGCAUUCCUGCUAUCCUUGCUUCUUUCACAUCAAAACAGCUACCAUUUCCAUAUCUGUCCUUUGAUAUGCUGCAUUGUACAAGAUGUGGAAUUGAAUGGGAGAUGAAUGAUGGUAUUUUCUUAGUUGAAGUUGACAGACUCUUAAGGCCAGGAGGUUACUUUGUAUGGACUUCGGCUGCUAGUUCUCACCGAACAGCAAGGGAUAAAGAUAGUGAGAAGUGGGCAUUUAUCCGGGAAUUCGCUGAGAGUCUUUGCUGGGACAUGUUGUCACAACAAGACGAAACUAUUGUGUGGAAGAAGACUAGUAGAAAAAAAUGUUACAACUAUCGGAAAUUUGGUCCCACAUUCUGUGAGAAGAGUCAUGACAUUGAAUCUCCUUUUUAUCAACCUUUACAGCAUUGCAUUAGAGGAACCAGAAGUCAACGAUGGAUACCUAUUGAAGACCGAAGACCUUGGCCUUUGCAAGCUAACUUGAAUUCCACUGAACUCAAUUUAUAUGGUGUACACCCAGAGGACUUUGCUGAGGAUACUGUAUACUGGAAUGCUGUCAUUCGUAAUUAUUGGUCUCUCCUAUCACCUCUGAUAUUUUCCGAUCAUCCUAAGAGACCUGGUGACGAGGAUCCUUCCCCUCCUUUCAACAUGCUCAGGAAUGUGCUUGACAUGAAUGCAAGGUUCGGCGGUUUAAAUGCUGCUUUGUUGGAUGCUGGCAAGUCUGUGUGGGUCAUGAAUGUGGUGCCAACAAGUGGUCCUGACCAUCUUCCCCUCAUCCUUGACAGAGGAUUCAUCGGUGUUCAGCAUGAUUGGUGUGAAGCAUUUCCAACAUAUCCGAGAACAUAUGAUAUGGUACAUGCUGAAGGAUUGCUUUCCCUAGAGGCACAUCCGCGACGCAGGUGCUCUAUAACUGAUAUACUAUUAGAGGUGGAUCGUAUUCUUCGACCCGAGGGUUGGUUGAUACUUCAUGAUACCGUUCCUCUGAUCGAAGAAGCAAGAACUAUGACGACGCAAUUAAAAUGGGAUGCACGCUUGAUAGAUCUUGAGAGUAACAGCGACGCGAAGCUACUCAUUUGUCAGAAACCAUUUUUUAGAAGACAACAAUAUUAAACUCAAUUCACCGGAGCCGAACACAUAGUAUUUAUUACAACUUGCUUGUUUUGUAUCAUUUUUGUCAAUCGUCUUUGCCAUUGUAACUAGAAAUCAAAUGUUGAUAGAUGAAUCUCAAAGUUCAGUUUUAAUUUACAGAGUUGCAGCCAUGCAAUGAGUCUACAGUUUGUACACAUCUUUGAAGAUUAUUAUGCACAUUAUUGAUUGAAGAA